UUCCCUCAACAGAACUGAACCUUCACAACUACAUAGUUUAGUGUGCAUUAAGCCAACCAUGGGCAACUGCUUAGCUCUUGAAGAAAAGGGGAUCAAGGUCGUCAAGACCGACGGCAAAGUCCUCGAGUACAAGUCGCCGUUGAGGGUCCGCCAAGUCCUCUCGGAGUUCGCCGCUGGCCAUGCGAUCUCGCAGGCGUUCCCGGCCACGGCGGUCCUCGAGCCGGACUCGAGGCUGCGCCGCGGCCGCGUGUACUACGUCUUUCCUCUCGAUCUGUCCUCGAAAUUCGCCGAGACCAAGAGCAAGAAGAAGGUGAGGUUCGCUGACGACGAUGAUCACAAGGCGGCGGAAGAAGGCGAGGAGAUAAAUAAGGGUGGCGGGUCAUCGUCGGUUGUGAGGAUAAAGGUGGUGAUCAGCAAGAGAGAGUUGGUGGAGAUGAUCGCGAGAGGCGGAGUUUCGGUCGGGGAUGAGAUGAUUAGUUCUCGGUUGCUUCAGAGUCAAGAAAGAAGAAGCACAAGCUUGGGAGGUGACGAUGAAGAUGGCGAUCUUUCAAGAAGUUGGAAGCCUGCAUUAGAGAGUAUACGUGAAGUCAACUAGCAAAACAUAACAUUCUCUCUGUCUCUAUCUCUAGUGAGUUUUCGUUAGAUGGGGAAAUUGUUGCAUAAGGCUCGUUAUGAUUCUGAAUCAUCUCUCAAGUAGUAUAAAGCUCCAUGCGACUCGCUUUAAUUACCGUCGCGAGAUCACGACGCAAACAUCGUGAAUUCGAGUCAAUUUAAUGAGUACUCACGUCUCCUGGACUGAAAAUAUCCACGUUCGGAACAUUCGACGCGAAGUAUUACCGGAUCCAAUCGGGUCUUGGCGCUCGUCUUAA